CGUUGUCACUGUAUGUGUCACUAUUGUCGCCACAUAUUUUAUGUUAAAUGCAGAAGAUUAUCGUUGGCAAUGGACUAGUUUUCUCGCUGGUGCAUCAUCAUCGUUAUAUGUUUAUUUUUAUGCGAUUUACUACUUCUUUUUUAAGACAAAAAUGUAUGGCAUGUUUCAAACAACAUUUUAUUUUGGUUAUAUGGCAUUAUUUUCAAUUGGUCUAGGAAUUAUGUGUGGUACGUUUGGUUUUGUUGGUACAAGUAUGUUUGUACGAAAAAUUUAUUCAACUGUAAAAAUUGAUUAA